AUGUACACGGAAGGCGCAGACCUGUCGGAGUCAAUCCCUUCCGUUCCCACCGCCUCCCUUCCGUUCCGUUCCGUUCCCUCUCUCUCUUUCUCUCGAGCCACAAAGGCGCAAACUUUACUACUUACCCCCACCUCGCCUCCUACCUCUGCCCCCGCCGCCGCCUCCGGAUCGCGCACUCCGCUCCGGCGCUCGCUCUGGUGCUCCGGGCUAGGCUCUCCUUGCUUCUGGCCCCCGCGUCCUCAUGCUGAGCCGCCGCCGCAGGUGACGCGCGCUGCCGCCGCCGCCUCGCCAUGGGCUGCGUGCACGGCCGCCCCUCCACCUCCAGCCCCGCCGCGAACACCUCCCGACGCCGCGACCACCCGCCCGUGCAGCCGCAGAAGCAGGGGGCGGAUGUCCCUGCUGCUGCCGAGGCGGGGGCGGCUGCGGCUGCGGCUGCCGAGAAGGGCGAGCAGCAUGAGCCGGCCGCCGCCGCCGCCGGCCCGCCGGUGAAGAGGGAGCGCCGGUCGCGCUCGUCGAGGUCGGCCGCCUCCGCGGCGGCGGCGGCGCGCGCGGAGGUCCGCAUCGGGGGGAGCUUCGCGAACAAGGCGCGCGGUGAGCAGGUCGCCGCCGGCUGGCCCGCCUGGCUCUCCGCCGUCGCCGGCGAGGCCAUCGACGGCUGGACCCCGCGCCGCGCCGACUCGUUCGAGAAGAUCGACAAGAUCGGGCAAGGCACGUACAGCAACGUGUACAAGGCGCGGGAUUCGCUGAGCGGCAAGAUCGUGGCGCUUAAGAAGGUUCGCUUCGACAACCUGGAGCCCGAAAGCGUGCGGUUCAUGGCACGGGAGAUCCUCAUCCUCCGCCGCCUCGACCACCCCAAUGUCAUCAAGCUCGACGGCCUCGUCACCUCCCGGAUGUCCUGCAGCCUCUACCUCGUCUUCGAUUACAUGGUCCACGACCUCGCCGGCCUCGCGGCCAGCCCGGAGAUCAAGUUCACUCUGCCCCAGGUUAAGUGUUAUGUGCACCAGUUGCUGUCUGGAUUGGAGCACUGCCACAACCGGGGAGUGCUGCAUCGUGACAUCAAGGGGUCGAAUUUGCUUUUAGAUAACAAUGGCGUGCUGAAGAUCGGAGACUUUGGCCUCGCAUCGUUCUUCGACCCAAACCAUAAGCAACCAAUGACGAGCAGGGUGGUGACACUCUGGUACCGGCCACCAGAGUUGCUGUUGGGCGCGACGGAUUAUGGAGUAGGAGUGGAUUUAUGGAGUGCAGGAUGUAUCCUUGCUGAGUUGCUCGCUGGGAAACCUAUCAUGCCUGGACGGACUGAGGUGGAACAACUGCAUAAAAUUUUUAAGUUGUGUGGUUCCCCCACAGAAGAAUAUUGGAAAAAAUCAAAGUUGCCUCAUGCAACUAUAUUCAAGCCCCAGCAACCUUACAAAAGGCGAAUAGCUGAUACAUUUAAAGAUUUCCCUCAAUCAGCACUGCGACUUAUUGAAACACUACUUGCAAUUGAUCCAGCUGAUCGUUUAACAGCAACUUCUGCAUUAGAAAGUGAAUUCUUUAAAACGGAACCUCAUGCAUGUGAUCCAUCAAGUCUACCCCAAUACCCCCCAAGCAAAGAAAUGGACGCAAAACGAAGAGAUGAAGAAGCUAGACGGUUGAGGGCUGCUGGUGGUAGAGCUAAUGGUGAGGGAACUAGGAAGACAAGAACAAGGGAUAGACCUAGGGCUGUUCCAGCACCAGAAGCAAAUGCUGAACUUCAAGUAAAUAUUGAUAAAAGAAGAUUGAUAACGCAUGCAAAUGCAAAGAGCAAGAGUGAAAAGUUCCCUCCGCCGCAUCAGGAUGGAGCACUUGGAUAUCCUUUGGGUUGUUCAAAUCACAUGGAACCUGCAUUUGAGCCCCCAGAUCCAUCUUCGUUCAGCACUGUAUUCCCGUACGAGAAAGGCUCUGUGCCUACUUGGUCUGGACCAUUGGCUGAUCCUUCUUCAGGCAAUCCAAAGCGAAAACACAAGUCUGGGCGCUCUUCAAAACAACCGGCUACUGCCCGUGCUCGAUGAUUCAUUAUAUGAUGUCUGGUGCAUAACAAGUCUUUGAUACUGAAAGGGAAAAACAUACUCGCAGCAGUUCUUGCGAAGUGGGAUAUUUUAAUUGCAAUCAAGGCAAGCAACGAUGCAUUUUUUUUCUCGCUAGAUCCAUGAAUUCAUUCCAUGUAAGGAUUUUUUUUUUCGAACAGCAGUGUAUAGGCCGGAGAGGGAGCUCAAUUAGUCAAAUUCUGUACAUUAGGUUCUCUUUUCCAUUCUUACAAGCAGGCAAGCAGCUAUAUGUCAUGUUAGAUUUAUGAUUCAGUAAUGGAACUUUCAGAUCUCUACUUAGCAUGUCA